AUGAAGGCGUCGUUCAAAGCUAGAUAUGAGCCCGAGAAGGCCGCCGCCUUCGCUACCGUCACCGCCAAUGCCGGAGACUUCAAACUACGCGCCUCCAUGACCGACGCUACCAUUGUUAACGGCCCCUGCUUAAACGGUUUAUCCUUGGCCGUUGAAAAACCUGGUUUCUUUAUCAUCGAUUACAACGUUCCCAAAAAAGAUCUCAAGUUUCAAUUUAUGAACACAAUAAGGGUAGCUGAGAAGCCAGUAAACUUGACUUACAUUCACAGUAAGGGUGAUAACAGGACAAUAUUGGAUGGGAGUUUGGUGCUUGAUCCAGCUAACAAGGUCUCAGCAAAUCACAUGUUAGGGACGGGGAAUACUAAGUUAAAGUAUACUUAUUUGCAUGGAGGGUUGACAACUUUUGAGCCCAGUUAUGAUUUGGGGAAGAAUGCAUGGGAUUUCAUGGUUGCACGUAAAGUUUAUGGGGAUGAUCUUUUCCGGGCUACAUAUCAGACAUCAAGUAAGAAUUUGGGUUUGGAAUGGUCGCGGACUUCCAAGCUGAAUGGAUCGUUUAAGAUUUCAGCAUCCCUCAAUUUGGCAGAGGAGCAAAAAACGCCAAAAUUAUGUGCUGAGACUACCUGGGAUUUUGAAAUGUGA